AAAAGAAAGAAGAAGCGCACAUCGCAGUCAACACACAAAUACACACGAAUUUAAUGAGUGUAAUGAAUUUGAACAAAAACUGCAAUUAAAUAAUUAAUAAUUCGACAUUUGCUGCAUGUGUUGAGUGCCUACACGCAAAGCAUUAUGGACACCGACGAUUUUGUGCGCGGCGAUGUCACAGAUCAAGCGGAUACAGCCCAGGGCGAAGCAUUCACCACAGAAUUGAGUUGCAAGUGUCUGCGUCUGUUUCCAUAUCGCUUUGAAGUCACCGAGCCGGUAAAAUUCACGUCGAAGGGCGUGCGCAUAGCGGGCAUUCUGCCCGAAAAGGAUACCAAGUUUGUGCUCCAUAUUUAUAAGCGCGAAGUCAUCAAAGUGAUUGCUCAUUUUGCCAGCUCGGAGCAGGCUCAGCCGCUGAUCACACUCUACAUGCUGAAGCGUUGCGCACAGUACGUUAAGACGCAGCUGCAGCUGCCUGACGAUGCGGCCAACGAACAAUUCCCUUUCAAGGCCAAUGGCAGUUUGCAUGAGCGUCGUUUGCUAUUGGUGUUUGACAGCAUUAAUUUCUCGGCACGCGAAACCAUCAAGGCCAUGUUUAACUUUGUGGAUGAGAUCUCCACAAGCGAUGCAGCCGAAAUCUUUGAACGCAUCGCCGACUUGGAUCGCAAGGAACUGGAGAAGUCGAAACAAAUGCCGCCAAGACAACUGCGUCCGGAUGAACAAAUCAGUCUGCUGAUGUAUCCCCCCAAAGGAACGGGUGGAUUGUGCAUACGCAUGGAGGAUUAUAUGUGCCUCACCAGGGAAUCGUAUUUGAAUGACAUCAUCAUUGAUUUCUAUCUGCUCUGGCUGCGCAAUACGCUCAUUCCUGAAAGGCUGCGCGAUAGAACACACAUUUUUAGCACCUUCUUUUACAAACGACUCACAACGCUGACGCGUUCCAUGGACGUGAAGCUGACACCGGCCCAAAGGCGUCAUGCGCGUGUGCAGAAGUGGACAAAACUGGUGGAUAUCUUCGAUAAGGACUUCAUCAUUGUCCCAAUCAAUGAGCAAUCGCAUUGGUUCCUAGCCAUCAUCUGUUUCCCAUGCCUUAAAGGACCCGUUACCUAUGAUACUAAUCAGCCGGUAGAGGCUCAGCAGCUGAAGCGACACCGUGGCAAGAAAGUGCCGAUGCAGAUUAGCAACACAACUAACACAUCGCAAACGAAACGCGACUCCGUCACAUUGCCAACGAUGCCCAUCGACAUUUGCAACAUUGCCGACGAUGAAAGCGAACGCGACGAAGCGGAAGGCGACGAAAGUGAUAUGGCAUCUGAGGAUAGCGAGAGCUCCAAUUCACCCAACCGCGUCACCAAUGACGAUGUGCCGGCUGUGAAGCAGCCAUUGAUACUGAUAUUUGACUCGUUGGCGGGUGCCUCACGUAGUCGAGUGGUGGCAACGCUGCGCGAUUAUCUCACGUGCGAGUACAAGGUGAAGAAGCCGGAUGCGCAGAAGCAUAUUUUCAGCAAGGACAACAUGCCGGGCCAUUGUGUCAAGGUGCCACAGCAAAAUAACUUUACCGACUGUGGUCUUUAUCUGCUGCAGUAUGUGCAGCAGUUCUUUAAGGAACCCAUUAAGGAUUAUCGGCUGCCUAUCAAGCAGCUGACCAACUGGUUCGAUUAUCUGACUGUGACCAAGAAGCGUGAGGAUAUUGCUCAUCUAAUACAGCAACUCAUGGACGAGAGUAACAGCAAUCAGCGUCUGAUAUUGCCAGUGAUUGAGUUUCCAACACUUAAUGGGCAGCUGGUCGAGUAUCCCGAGGAGUCCGAAAGCGCCGAAUUCGAGGAGGAAGAGGGACACGACGACGAAGACUACGUAAGCGAUGCGCUGGAUGAUAGCGGUAAUACGGAGAUGGAAGUGGAUCCCACGUAUGAAGAGUUGCAAACAGCAAAGGCUGCGACACGGUCGUCAACUGCAGCCACUGUGACCACAAACACGACCACAACGUCUGUGUUGCCUGAAACUACCACAGCACGUCGUUUCAUGCUAAAGCGUCGUUUGCAGAACGGAUCAGCAGGCAGUCCAAGCGGCGCCAAUGGGGCAGACAACAACAAUGGCAACCAGUUGGAGGUGCAGUUGAUCAGCUCGCCUAAAGCCAUCUCCUCACAGAGUAGUAUGCUAAAGAAUCGCAUUGCUGGCAUUGAUGUCGGGAGUUUGAAAACACGCAAGAUUGAACCAUAGCAUCUGGGACCCGAUCCCAUUGUCGAUAUCCCGCCGUUGCAGUUGUUAUAGCUGUUGCGUCCACUGUAAAUAGGAAAGAGAUAUGAAUAGAUUUUUAAUUGAUAAUUACAAUAACAAAUGAAUAAAAUAUUAUGUACAAAUAAA